UUCUGCCUAACAAUGAGAACGUUUUUUAUUCUCCUCUUUUUGAGUUUUUUAAGUGGAUUGAUGGCGAAAACAGCCUAUAAGAGCGCAAUCUGUGGCCUGAAAGCGUCGUUUGUGGGAAAGUGUAAGGGCUAUUCCUACAUACCAAGGAAAAAAAAAUGUGUGCGAAUAUCUGGUUACUGCUCGGGAAGAGGAAACUUUUUCAAGCGAUUGGAGGACUGCAUAUCCAAGUGCGUAUAACAAGAUUUUGUUAACAAAACUGCAGCGAAAGGAAGUAUUAGAAUAAAGAACUGUUAACCAGA